AUAAAAAAUAAGCCUUACGCUGGUUACAACGGGCAGAACGGGCUAGCUGACUAGCGAGGACAAGCUUCUGAAGAAAACUAGUCCCAAUUUGGGUUAGGCUCCGUAAACGACCGCAACGGCGCUUGACCCUAUUUUAUGAGCCGAUCUCAGCACGUGACCAACCUUUUUCUAGCUAGAUCCAACUUCUUGAGUUUUUUUUAGGUUUAGUUACUUUAGGAAUAGUUCGAAAAUCAAAAAUCGGAAAAGCUUUAUGUCGACCCACGCGAUUUUCGAUUGACGAUUAACGAUUGACGGUUGAUGGCAUAUCAAUCUACGAUUUGGAUACCCAGCUCGACCCUUCCAACAUGUCUCAGAAACCAAUUCGUCUCCCUCCACUGAAGUCGCUGCGAGUUCACAACCCUAAUGGUCAGCGGGAGAGACCAUGUGUGGCUCUCAUGUCCUCCGUCUUAGCUUGCUGGGCGUCCACAGGACACAACGCGGCAGGGUGUGCAAGCAUUGAGCAAGCUUUGCGAAAUUGCAUGGACGCACCUCCGCCCCCGAAACCGAAAUCUAGCGAGAUCAACUACCACCUUUCCCGAUUUAAGAAUAGGCUCACAUCUGUGGAGAAGAAGAAGAGAUAAUAAGCCUCAAAUAAGAAGAUCUGAUAUAGGACGGGAAGAGCUAUUCCUCCGUCGUGGUAUAAGAAGAUUACUACCUAUUACUGGAUUCUGGCGCAUCAAGGCCGAAGCAGUGAACAGGAAUAGUUGCUGUCCUGUACGAUAAUGGAACAAGCUAUUACGGCAGGAAGACAUAUCUCCUUUCAACAGUAAAAGCAUGAACCGGCGUUCUGGGUUGACCUGCGAGGAAGCCAGGUCUAGGCUGAAAUCCUAGAGGUGGUUUUCAACCACCAUGUACUAAAAGUUGUACAUUGGACUAAUGCCGUUAGGAGAUUACGAAUACACAAACGAAUUAACUAUGA